GUCAUGCCAGACAAUGCUAGCCUCGGAAGUCCGAUCUCCCCCUCCCCCGCCUCCCCACCCUCUUUCUCCGCUGCUCGAGCUUGGGCGCAGCGCUGCCCCCUUCUGCCAGCUUUCGGUUCCCGCUGUCUGCAGCAAACGGAACGUUCAGAUCAGCUGACUCUGCGUUCCAAGCAGCCGACCUGGAAGGAUUGCAACGCGUGAUUGGCAGCGGCGGGGUUCGAAGUGUGAUCCCGGUUGCCUUUCAUCCUGUCCCCUCUUUUGUGCGGGUUCUGUUGCUGCUCUCCGUCUGAACGCUCUGGCGCUCUGUUGGGUGCUGCUACCUAAUUUGGAGGGGGGGGGGAUUAGGUGGGGUUAGCUGUUUGCCUGAAACUUCUCUUUUUACAGUGAUCAAAGCCGCAGAGAGGAACAAACGAGAGACCAGACCAGCCAGUCCAGUUCCCUUCCGUUCCACUCGUUGUAGCAGGAAGGAGGGCAGACCCAACUGCGUAAGCGAUCCAAGCAGCCUCUUGGACUGACAAUGUUUUGAGGCACAGCGAUCCAUCAUUUUGUGGGCAUGAAGCUGGUAGCCUCUGUCUUUGUUCUGGCUCUAGCCUUCUUAUCCCAGGCUCUUGAGAAUGGGCUCAUGAGGACACCCCCAAUGGGCUGGCUUGCUUGGGAGCGAUUUCGUUGUAAUAUUGACUGCAAGAAAGAUCCUCAGAACUGUAUCAGUGAGAAGCUAUUCAUGGAAAUGGCAAACUGCCUGGUGACGGAUGGCUGGAAGGAUUUGGGCUAUGUGUAUGUGAACAUAGAUGACUGCUGGAUGGCAAAAGAGCGGGAUGCCAGAGGACAACUGGUUCCAGAUCCGGAGAGGUUCCCUAGUGGGAUCAGAGCCUUAGCAGAUUAUGUGCACUCACUGGGGCUGAAGCUGGGUAUUUAUGGUGACCUAGGCACCCACACAUGCAGUGGGUACCCUGGCACUACAUUGGAUCAGAUUGAACAGGAUGCUUUCACAUUUGCAGAAUGGGGAGUAGACAUGCUGAAGCUAGAUGGCUGCUACUCAUCAGCAGAAUAUCAGGCCCAGGGUUAUCCUCGAAUGACCAAGGCUCUGAAUGCAACAGGACGCCAAAUUGCCUAUUCCUGUAGUUGGCCAGCAUAUCAAGGGGGGCUUCCACCUCAGGUAAAUUACUCUCUUCUGACCAAUAUCUGUAAUCUCUGGCGAAACUAUGACGACAUUCAAGAUUCUUGGGACAGCAUCCUCUCCAUUGUGGACUGGUUUUCAAAACAUCAGGAUGUACUUCAGCCAGCAGCUGGCCCUGGUCACUGGAAUGAUCCAGAUAUGCUAAUCAUUGGGAACUUUGGUCUCAGUGAGGAACAGUCCCGAUCCCAGAUGGCCUUAUGGACUGUGCUUGCUGCUCCCCUUUUCCUAUCCACAGACCUCCGCAGUAUUUCUCAAAGUUCCCAGGAGAUUCUGCAGAACAAACUGAUGAUCAAAAUCAACCAAGAUCCCUUGGGUAUCCAAGGACGCCGAAUUCUUCAGGAGAAAUCUCACAUAGAAGUGUUCCUGAGACCACUUUCCCACUCAGCCAGUGCUCUGGUUUUCUUCAGCCGGAGGACAGACAUGCCGUAUUGCUACACCACCUCCCUUGCCCAGCUCAAUUAUACACAUAACACCAUAUAUGAGGUUCAAGAUGUCUACAGUGGUGACAUAAUCAGUGGCUUGAAGACUGCUGACAACUUCACUGUGGUCAUUAACCCAUCUGGGGUAGUAAUGUGGUAUCUCUACCCGACAAUGUACCUAGACAGGUCUUUCAGUUUUAUAAAUCACCUUUAUAAAUCUGAAACCAAGAAAUUUCAUCCUUUUCCACUGUGACAUCAAAAGUUCAGAUGAGUUAUGGGCUGGUACAAUAUCUUAUUAAUUCCAGUGUACCUGAUAAUACCCCAAACUGAAGACAAUCAAAUUGUGCAAGUUGGCAAUUUACUAAUGGCUUCUGGGUACUAAUGGAGACAAUGUAUAUCUACCUCAAGGGGCUAAGGGAAUUGCAGCUUUAAUGAUUGCCAGAUAUUUUGAAAUCAUCAUAUAUAUUAAAAUGCUCAUCAUUUAGUCUAGAUAGCCUUAAACAGCAGAAGGAAAUUUUUAACUAUUCUUAUAAUUCUCAGUAACUGCCACAAUAGGUGCUUAAUACUGAAUGAAGAAUGAUCUUCCAAGAGCUGCGAUACGCUACUUGGCCUGCAUAUCAGGCCUACAUGCAAUUCUCUUUCAAAUGUGCAGUAGUAGUAGGGAAACUACUUUUGACAGGCAAGCAUGUUAGGAAGAACCUAGUAUUUUACAUGCAGGGGUUUAUGGUACGCAGUCUUCCACCUCUAUUCUACAAUUAUACUGUUUGGGAGAGGCUGAAUUACAUUUCCAAAUGCAUGGGUUAUAUCAGACCCACCAGUUGCCUCUGUCAUAUUCCACUUGUAAGAUUUCUCAGUCUUGCUCCUUUUGUUUGUCCUUAGGAUUGGGUAUUUAGGGACAUGGCAAUCCAUGCUCAGAAACUGUAUCAAGUAGAAAACACUUGUACAAAUCAUGCUUAUGCCAUUAUACUACUCCCACAAGAAUGUUCAUAUUAAGAACCUGAUUGGCUAUAGUUUCAGAACUAUAGAAAGAAUGCAGACCGGCAUGUAUAACACCAGUCUGUUGUAAUCUAGAUAAGCAGUUAGAUUUCAACAGAGGAUCUUUCCUCCAAUGUAAGAGAUUUUCCAAAGACCGAAAUGGCAGUAAGAGCCUGUUCAGCACAAAGCACUUUCCUCCUCUUGCAUCAAAAGGCGGCUGUCUGCACCAGAGGAAAACACCUUCUAGUGGAGCCUAUCUGUCGGAGCCAAACCAUGGCCUUCAUGAGCAAGCCAGGAUGGAAGCUAUUUUCCUAUCUCAGGGACUGUCUUAUUCACAUUUCUUCCUGUAACUUGUUCACUUGCCAAUUAUUGAGUCAGAUCAGGAUUAAAAGGACUGUCAUAGAAACUAUAAUAGUCCAAACAAUUCAAAACUAAAACUUGAAAACCCAGCGCUUUGGCCAGUACGAUGUAUUUCAAGAUGCUGCUAUACUGCAGAAGGCAUGUUAAUUUUGUUACUGUCUUUUGUUCUUCUUUGAAAAGCAAAUAGGGGAAUAAAUGACUAAAAUACCAACCCCUUCUUUUAGGGCACAAGUUCUCCCUACUGGGGGCGGGGGGGAGGCUCACUUUCACAUCAGCUCUAUUGUUACUUGCAAGAGAUCUUGUUCCAAGUAGGGGCUUAGAAAGAGUACACAUGGUGUUUGUUGUUAUAAGGGGACAGCUGUAUUAGCAGCUCUCUGUAAUGCCACCCUUGACCGUUUUUUAAAAAAUGAACACAUACCUAUUAACUCUCUCAGGAAGCAAGCCAUAUAUCAGGAAACCAAAUGGCUAUAAAUGAUUCUGGUGAGAGAAGUGCAAUGAAAGAAACUAAAGCAGAGAAAGAAUAAGUUAGAAGUCAAGCUUAAGAGAUAGUAUAGGGUUUUUGAGAAAAUAGAGUACAGCCUAAAAAGUUAAUGCCUGACUGGGAUACCUCUACCAAGGGAAGGUGACAAUUUAGGCAACGGAUGGUACAGUAAGCAGUGUUUUCCUACAGUGUACUGAACAUUUGACUUAAUCUAAGAGAUUUCAUGUUCCAUAAAAUACUGUACAUCACAUGAGAUAGUUGCAGUUAUCAAAGCUAGUAAAUGAAGGUCAAAAUCAAGUUUACGUAUUAUUUAGAAGAUGCUGGUACCUACCAGCCAUGUGUAUUUUUUCUUUUUACAACUUUUAUGUAUUUGUCUAUGGAAUAAAAAGGAUUUCAAACACCUGU